AUGGCCGCUCAGACGUCGCCAUCGCUUACUUCCACCUCGCAUACCUUGACUGCCGCGCCGCCCGCAAUGGCUGCUCACGAUUCUCUCACAAACAGCCAUGUUUUGGCCCUUCUCGAAACCCUCGCCGAUGGCAAGCGACAUAACUUCCUCCAGCCAACUGCUUCUAUCCCGACCGAUUCCCUCAACCUCGUCAAGCACACCCUCGAAGGCUUUGCUUCCCAAGUCGGCGAUGAGCAGCAGGAAAGGUUAAAGGAGAAUCGCAAGCGCAAGAGAGGCGCUGCUUCAAGCGAAGAUGUUCUCAAGAUGCGCAAGGUUUACAUCGAUGGAUUCGAAACGGGACAGGUUUGGCAACAGGCCAAGAGGAUCAUUGGUGGUGUCCUGAAGUACUCUGAGGAGGCCCUUGCUGAUCUGGAGGAGCGCAAAGAGGUUGCCGUCAAUGGCGCCGACGCACCAGACUCCAAGACACUUGAGUUUGGAGAGGACGGUUUUGAGGUGGGCUCCGAUGACGAUGACGAGGACGAGGACGAGAGCGACCAAGAUUUGUCUGGGGAAGAGGACGAAGAACAAAUAUCAGGAGACGAAGUACUCGAGGACGGACAAGAAAACGAUUGGGAAGAUGAUGAGGAAGAGGCGUUCGAGGAAGGAAGGGAUGACUACCAAGAGGACGAUGAGGAGGAGGAUCAAGAAGAUGGACCUGUGGAAGAGUAUGAGGAGGAUCCUGAUGGUCUCAACGAUGGUUUCUUCUCCCUAGACGACUUCAACCGACAAUCACAAUACUUCGAGGAGCAGGAUGCAAAGGGAGAUCCAUACACGGACCAAGCAAGCGACGACGAGGAAAUCAACUGGGACGCCGAUCCUUUGGCCCCCCCCUCCAAGGCUGGCUCAAAGUCUAAAAAGGCCAAACCCGCUGAGGAUGACGAAGAUAGCGAUGACGAGGGUGGGCCCACGUUUGGUGAUAUGGAUCUCUAUGCGCCAGAGGGUGCAAGCGACGACGAGGGUAUGGACAUGGACGAUGUGGACGACGAGGAAAAUGAUCUCAAUGCCAAUGAGGUCUACUACAAGGAUUUCUUUGCACCACCAGCCAAGAAGUUUAAGGGCGGCAAGCCUAGAAAAUCGGUCAAGUUCCAGGCUGAGAAGCCUGACGAUGCCGAUGUUGAGAGAGCUAUGGCCGAUGUCCGAAGGGAUCUCUUUGACGACGAUUCGGAAGAAGAGGACUCUGACGAUGCACUCUCUGAUGCCUCUGCUGGAGAUCCCAAGUCACGAAAGUCAGCUCAUGAGAGGAGACAGGCCAAGCUUGCAGAGGAGAUUCGCAAGCUUGAGGCUGCCUCUGUCGCCAAGCGGGAGUGGGCACUCUCUGGUGAAGCCGCUGCCGUUGAUCGUCCUAUGAACUCGCUGCUCGAAGAGGACCUUGACUUUGAGCACGUCGGCAAGCCUGUACCCGUCAUCACCCCUGAGGUCAGUGAGAGCAUCGAGGACCUCAUCAAGCGCCGCAUCCUAGCGCAGGAGUUUGACGAGGUUAUCAAGCGCCGUCCCGAUACAGAGGGCGCGGCUUCAGGCACACGCCGUGGUCUUAUCGAGCUUGAUGAUAGCAAGGCUACCAAGGGUCUGGCCGAGAUUUAUGAAGAGGAGCAUGUCAAGAACAACAACCCAGAUAGCUACGUCAGCCAGUCUGACGAGAAGCUACAGAAGGAGGAGAAGGAGGUCGAGGCAAUGUGGAAGGAUGUCUGCGCCCGUCUUGACGCGCUCAGCUCAUGGCACUACAAGCCCAAGCCCGCAGCUCCCUCACUUUCGGUCGUUGCCGACGUUGCCACCAUCGCUAUGGAGGACGCCCAACCCACAACCGCACAGGGCGUUACCGGCGAGAGCAGCCGCAUGGCUCCCCAGGAAGUAUACAAGGCUGGCUCCACAGACAAUGCCGCCAACGGCGAAGUUGUUACCAAGGCAGGUCUGCCUGUCGCACGCCAGGAGAUGUCACGAGAAGACAAGGCCCGCCGCCGCCGUCGCGAGAAGGAGCGUGUGCGCAAGGCUGGUGGUGUCGAUGGCGACAAGGUUGUCAGCAAGCGUGCCAAGAUGCAGCGCGAUGCUGUCGCCGACCUCAAGAAGGGCGGUGUCAAGGUUAUCAACCGCAAGGGAGAAAUUACCGACGUGGAUGGCAAGAAGGCAAAGAACGCCAAGGUUGUUUCAAGUGGAAACUACAAGCUAUAA